AAAGACAUAGAGUGCUCUUUACGAGAGUAUGUCUCUCUCUCUCUCUCUCCCUUUCAGCUGAAAACAGAGCAUCAUUCAAACAGAAACAAUUAAUCAUCAUCGAAUAUAGACAUAUAUAUAUAUAUAUAUAGGCAAGCUGCAGCAAAAACAAAACAAACGUAAUUUCUUCUUCUUGUUGUUGAUCAUCAUCAUCAUCAUCAUCAUCAGCAGGAGUAGCAGCAUCAUGUGCAAUCCAAAUCCUUCUGCUGCUUCAUCAACAGCCGCCAAGAAAACAGAGCAUCACCAACAGUCACAACCCCAUCUCUUCUUAGACUUCUUAUUUCUACCAAACACCGCCAUUAAACAUGAAACCCAUCCUGCAAAGCAUCAGCAUCAGCAGCAACACCAACCCCUACCACCACAGCAUUUCACUGACUCAAUUACUCUUCCAGACAUAAUAUCUGAGACCAAGUCUCUGUUUCAGCUGGCUUUCCCCAUCCUCCUCACCGCCCUCAUUCUCUACUCCCGCUCAGUCGUCUCCAUGCUCUUCCUCGGCCGCCUCGGCGACCUCGAGCUCGCCGCCGGGUCGCUGGCCAUCGCCUUCGCCAACAUCACCGGCUACUCUGUCCUCUCCGGCCUGGCCCUGGGCAUGGAGCCUCUCUGUUCCCAAGCCUUCGGAGCCCAACGUCCAAAGCUCCUCUCUUUGACCCUUCACCGCUCCGUCAUCUUCCUCGUCGUUUCGUCGCUGCCCAUUUCGCUGCUCUGGCUCAGCAUGUCCUCCAUCCUCCUGUACCUCCGCCAAGACCCAGAUAUCACAGCCAUGGCCCACACCUACCUCAUCUUCUCCCUCCCUGACCUCCUCACCAACUCCCUCAUUCACCCAAUCCGCAUUUACCUUCGCGCCCAGGGCAUCACCCACCCGCUCACGUUAGCAUCGCUCGCCGGCGCGCUCUUUCACCUGCCCAUGAACCUCCUCUUGGUCGCUCGGCUUCGGCUCGGCGUGGCCGGCGUCGCGGCCGCUUCCGCUACCUCCAAUUUGUUUGUCUUGUUGUCUCUUGUUUCUUACGUGUGGGCCACGGGGAUACACCAGCCUACGUGGACCGCGCCGAGCCGGGAGUGCUUGACAGGCUGGAAGCCACUGCUUCGGCUCGCGGCUCCGAGCUGCGUUUCUGUCUGUUUGGAGUGGUGGUGGUACGAGAUCAUGAUCGUCUUGUGUGGGCUUCUUGUGGACCCCAGAGCAACCGUCGCCUCGAUGGGCGUGCUCAUCCAAACGACGUCGUUGAUUUACGUGUUCCCAUCCUCGCUGAGCUUCGCGGUCUCCACGCGGGUCGGGAACGAGCUCGGGGCGAAACGCCCGCACAAGGCGAAAUUAUCCUCUGCGGUCGCGGUCAUGCUGGCGUUCCUGAUGGGCCUGUCGGCAACGACCUUCGCGUCCGGGAUGAGGGGGAGCUGGGGCCGGAUGUUCACUAGCGAUGCAGAGAUCGUGCGGCUGACGUCGGCCGCGCUGCCCAUCCUAGGCCUGUGCGAACUCGGAAACUGCCCGCAGACGGUUGGGUGUGGGGUCCUCAGAGGGAGCGCGCGCCCCUCCACCGCAGCCAAUGUGAACCUCAGCGCGUUCUAUCUGGUGGGCAUGCCCGUGGCGAUUGGUCUCGGGUUCUGGGUCGGGGUGGGGUUUUGUGGACUCUGGAUCGGGUUGCUGUCGGCCCAGGUUUGUUGUGCUGGGCUGAUGUUGUAUGUGGUUGGGACCACAGACUGGGAUCUCCAAGCUAAGAGGGCCCAGUCACUAACGUGCGCCGGGUGUGAAGUCGUAGUACCUGAUUUUAAGGGUGCAGAGGAGGAGCAACAGCCGUUGAUUAUCAUUACGGUGCCUUCUUCUCGAUAAUCCAAAUGUUCCAGAUCAGAUUUAAUUUUUGC